CCUGAGGGACGGGCAAGCAGAUGUGCCAGGAGAGUUUUAGGUUGAAUAUUAGGAAAAGGUUCUUCACCCAGAGGGUGGUGGAGUGCUGGAACAGCUCCCGGGGGAAGCAGCAGCAGCACCAGGCCUGACAAUCCCAGAAUCAUAGAACAGAAUCAUAGAAUAGUUUGGGUUGGAAGGUACCUGAAAGAUCAUCUAGUUCCAACGCCCCUGCCAUGAGCAGGGGCAUAUCGCACUAGACCAGGCUGCCCAAGGCCCCAUCCAACCUGGCCUUGAACACCUCCAGGGAUGGGGCAUCCACAGCUUCCCUGGGAAACCUGUGCCAGUGCCUCACCACUCUCAUGGCGAAGAAAUUCUUCCUUAUGUCUAUUCUAAAUCAGCCCCUCUCCAGUUUACACCCAUUGCCCCUCGUCCUAUCACUGCAAGCCUUUGUAAACAGUCCCUCCCCAGCUUUCCUGUAGCCCGUUUCAGGUACUGGACGUCCAAGAAGCAUUCAGCCAACGCCCUCGUGCACACGGUGCGCGUGUUGGCGCUGUCCCGUCGGGCUCUGGACUCGACGCUCCCCGCUCCCCUCCUCACUCAGGUCACUCCCCGCCCCGCCCCUGCGCGCCCCCGGCCGGUGCCGUCGCGCAGCAACGGGUGGCGUCGCCGUGGCGGCGUGUGGCGAUGGCGGCGGGGCCGCUGCCGGGCCGGCGGGUUUUCCUCAACCACCUCGACUCCUUCUGCGGCCGCAGCAUCGGCGAGUAUUUAUCCAGGUGUGUUGUUGGGGCAUCGCUUGAAAGCGUAGAAGAACAAGAGGAGGAGAAAAAUGAAAAUAAUUCAGCUGCUGACGUUUCUAGUAGGCCAAAGGAGGGAGUUUACCAAAUAGUGGGUACUCUUUCUAACCCAGGGAGCCCUAAACCAUCUUUUGCAGAGGAAACAUACACAGUCUCCUCUCGAAAAGAGCUCUUAAGUCACUUUCUUGAGUGUGAGAUUAUUUUAUAUAAUAUCACUGAGGAUGCAAAUCAAAUCGAAGAAGCCAUGUGGGCUGCUACGGAGCUACAUAUGGACAUUGAGCAUUUUACAACACCAAAGUUAUUCAUCCUCAUUUCAACAAUAAUGAGCUGGGCAAACAGUAAACCCCCUGACCCUGAAGAUCCUGAAAUUCCUUUUACUGAUGAAGAUUAUCGCAGAAGAAAAGCUCAUCCUAACUUUAUUGAUCACAUAAAUGCUGAAAAACUCAUUCUCAAAUUUGGGAGAACUAACAAACAAAAAUUUUCAACUUAUGUUGUUGCCUCAGGACAUCAAUAUGGAGCUGGGGAAGGAGUCUUCCACUACUUCUUUAAGAUAGGUUGGCUUAGUGAGACUCCUGCAAUACCUGUUUUUGGAGAUGGAAACAACUUUAUUCCAACUAUUCAUGUUCUAGACUUGGCAGCAGUGUUACAAAAUAUAGCAGACCACAGGCCAAAGUCUCACUAUAUUCUUGCAGUAGAUGUAUCUAUGCACACUCUUAAAGAAUUAAUAAAGUGUAUCAGUAAAAAUGUUGGACCAGGAAAAAUUGAGAAGAUUCCAAAAGAAAAUGCGUUCCUGAGUAAAGAGUUAACACAAAUGCAUUUGGAUAUGUUGGUUGUGAACCUGCGCAUGGAAGCUGUGUUUCUGAAAGAGAUUUUCAACAUUAAGUGGGUUGCCCAGGGAGGACUGGUGGAGAACAUUGAACAAAUCGUCAAAGAAUACAAGAAAAGUCGAGGAUUACUGCCUGUCAAAGUUUGCAUUCAUGGUCCUCCUGGGGUUGGCAAAUCUACCGUUGCUGAGGAGCUCUGUAAACACUACAAGCUACAUCACAUUAAGAUAAAUGAUGUUAUUUCUGAAACAAUAGCUAAUCUGGAGAAAGUUCUGGCUUCUAAAGAACUGGACUCUGACAGUGCGGAAGAAGAGGAAGAAGAUGGUGAAGAGGAGGAGGAUAAUAAUAUAGAAGCAGCACAAGAGUUAUUGGCUGAAAUAAAAGAAAGCAUGAACCAGAAUGCAGGUCGUCUAGAUGAUCAGUAUGUUGUUAAGCUUGUGAAGGAUAAGCUCAAAUCUAUGCCUUGUAGGAAUCAGGGAUAUGUUUUAGAUGGGUUCCCAGAGACCUACGACCAGGCAAAAGAUCUUUUCAAUUCAGAAAGCAAAGAUGAAGAAGAAACUAAAGGCAAAAUACGUAAAUGUAAUGAAUUAAUCAUACCUGAAUUUGUUAUUUCUUUGACUGCAUCUGAUGAAUACCUUAUAAACAGAAUAAUAAAUCUGCCAGAGACAAUUGUUGCUGGAACUCAUUAUACACAGGACCGGUACUUGCAGUCUCUUAAUCUCUUCAGAGAGUUAAACACAGACGAUAAGACUGUUCUCAACUACUUUGAUGAACUUGAAAUACAUCCUCAGUUUAUUGAUGUAGGCAUAUUUGAAGAUCCUGAGAACAGAAUGAUUGUAAAAAAUAUCAUCAAAGAAAUUGGGGAACCUCGGAAUUAUGGUUUGACAGAUGAAGAAAAGGAGAAUUUGGAACGGAGAGCAGCUGAGGAACGCCUUGUCAAAGAAGCUCAAGAAAAAGCUGAACAGGAGCGUAAAGAAGCUGAGGAGAGGGCUGAAAGGAAGGCAAAUUGGGAAGAGUGGAAUAAACAUCUGGAAGAAGUGAAAAGACAAGAACAAGAGUUAUUGGAGGCCCAGUCCAUUCCACUACGAAACUAUUUAAUGAAGAACAUCAUGCCAGUUCUUAUGCAAGGGAUAAAUGAAUGCUGUAAGAUCAGGCCAGAUGAUCCAGUUGAUUUUCUGAAUUAAUUGAUGGUGCCUGCAAUUCUGGUGAGCAGUAGCUACUUUGAAAAUUAAACCCCAGCACCUACUCUUUGUAUGUACCGUGCCAAUUCUGCUGCUACACAGAGGCCUGCAGAAACAGGGACAUCACUCUCCAUCCUGCUUACAUUCCUCCAGGCACAACAGAACAGGUUGUUGUAACGAUGAAUGAAAGCUCUCCAGUAAUUCCCUUCACAAUACAUAGAUAGAUUAAUGAGUAAAUCCUCUAAGACAAUAGUGGAAUAAAUCCAGUUGUAAAGGGCCUCAAGAAGUUAUCUAGUUGAACUUUUGGCUGAGAGCAGAGGCAGCAUUGCAUUCAAGCCAGAAUUCAGAUGCAGCAAAGCUACUGCUGUGCGGCUGUUCUUCCUGCACAUCAUAAGAAACUUACAAACAAGCUAUCACCAUUUUAGUGUAGUGAAACAUGUUAUUAACCAAGCAAAAGUUUAAAAUGAAAGCAUCAGUGUUGCAUGUGACUUUAGACACUAUGGAAUGUUUAAUUGUUUUAACUUUUCUGCUUACUGAUGAUUGACAACUACCUGUGCCUCCAGGAGCAUUACACCUUCUGUACUAACUGCAUGACUUUCGAAGAUCUAUAUUAUCUACUCUCCUGAGUCUAGCAAUCGGGUGCUAGGGUACUCCAUAGGAAUUUCCAUGGAGUAACAAAUACUGUCAUAAAUGGCUCACUUCCCUUUCUUGCCCAUGAAAGAGAUGGAGUGACUGCAACCAAGAGGGAGAAUGAGGUGGAUGGUAUUUUGGAUGGUAUUUUGGGGGAAGUUUCUCUGACAUAUCUGCCAGAAGGAGCAUUUCAGUGUCAUUUAAUACUUUCUGUGAUUUUGCUUCAAGCAAUGCUGUGCACUGUAUUUUUGUUAUUUUGUGCAUAUUUUAAAAUUGGAGACUUGAAAAUAAAUGUAACUUUGAAACUUUUCUGUUUAUAGGCAGAAUAUCUCUUGAAGAGCAGUCCUGAUAUUGAAUGAGAUAAACAUUAAAUCCUAACAGCUGUUGAAGUUGAGAAGGGAGAGCAUUCCUACUACAUUUUAAAUAAAAAUACUUAGUUUCUGAAAUUAUUUUUGUUUAGGCUUAUUAGGUAAUCUCCACGCUUAUACCUUGUACUUUAUUACUAUGUAUUGGGUUUUUAAUAUUCCGUCUAAAAAAGUACUAUUUACACACAUUGAUAUAUAUAAUAUUGAUAUAUUAAUAUAACUGUAUUUCAUAUGCCUAUUUUAAACUGUAAACCAUAAGAGUCUGUUCUCUCUCCAAAAUUUUCUUCCUGGAUUUUUUUCAGUUACACAUUCUGUUUAAGAAGUAAAUAGAAUUAAAUUGUCCUGAUCCAUAGCGGAUGUAGACAGCUAGCCUGGGAAAUAAAUAAAAGCAGCGAGCUCUCCUUUCCAGCAACCAACAGGCGAAAAGUCACAAAACAUAGUCUUCUUGUGCUGCACUGAAGCCUGGCUGGUAAACAUUUUCCUAGCAUAGGUAUGUUGUAAAACCUGGGUUUUUCUUUGGAAUCAAGUGUGUGUAGUUCUCAUUUUAUUAUCUUCAUUACUCAAUAUUUGAUACACAUUUUUUAUAGAUUUUUGAAGAAUCUGGACUCUCCAGCAUGUGGCUGUCAUUCCCUUCUUUAUUGACUUCAUAUACCUUUAACAGAAAUUGUCAGUAUAUGUGCUGACUGAGCUGAAACUGAUGGCAUAUUUGGUGUAAAAUAAAGGAUUUUGUUAAAAAAGAAAGCAAGGACUGUUUGGGAGGAAAGGGGUGGGGGGAGGGAGGGAAGGAGGGAGGAAGAUCUGAAAGAGUGGUGAUUUAGAAACAUUUCACACUUAUUUUAUCUAUUACUUUUACUAUUAAAAUUUUUAGAUGUAUUAAUGCCCAACGUGCUUAUUCAGAUAUAUUAAUACUUUUAUAGACAAACACUCCCAUUUUGUCUGUUUUCACACAGUCACACAGCCAAGCGAGUGCAUCAGCCUGGAACAGAGUUCUGAACCAUCAACUACCCUAAAGAAACUGCUUUCUUUGGGAUCUAGAUUUCCUGUUAGUCCAAGUUGCCAUUUAUCAUGUGAGGCAGCUGGAGAAGCAACAAACGGUAGAACUUUUUCAGAGUAAAGAUUGAAAAAGGAGAUAAAACGGGGUGGGUGCGUAGAGUUACUGUAAUACAUUUACAUUUCUACGAAAAAAGUUUUGAGCGUGACUAUGUCUUUAAAAUUGUCUUAAAUUUUUGCAGUCUGUAACGGGCAGAACUUUCAAAAAUAAUUACUGGGAAAGGGUCUCUGCUCUGUGCGGGAGACAAAAUUCAGACGAGCCCGGCGCGGGCGGGCAGGAACGGCGAUGCACUCAGAGUGAGCCUCGACUCGCAGCCCUUCGCGUUUCCGAGGCGGGGAGCUCGUCCCUGACCGACUCCAAGCCUCCUCCAAGAGCUGCCGAUACCCUCAUGAUAACACGUUCCCGCCACCUCCGUUCCCGGAGCAGUUAUAGUCGGCGCC